AUGAACGAUCAAAUCGAUGAUUCGACGCCUCAUGAGGAUCGAUUCAAAAAACAAAAUCGAGGGUCGCAAUCUUCACGCAAAUCUCGUUCGAUCAGCCGUUACUUUCUCGGAGCAAAACGUUCGAGUAUUGACAUUACAACGCAAGACAUUGACAUCACACGGUGCUUAACAUCAGCUGGUAUAUUCGAUAGUUACGAACUUUGGACAAAUGUGACACUAUUUCGUGAUUAUCGAACAUGUCGACGUUUAUUAAUUUUAACCGACAGAAAUCAACUAAUCAUUGGCAAAUCUAAUACGAAACAAUCGCUAUUCAAAACUAAACAUCAAAUUGAUUUGAAUCGAGUAUGGUUACAUUCCAAUGUUCAAGAUAGUACUGUUUCGGAAAUCACGUCGUUAACUUAUUUUGAUCAUCAACGAUCAUUAAUCAUUGGAUGGCCGUUAGCUGAAAACUUUCUUGUCGAAUUCGAUACCAAAGAUAUACGAGAUACUUGGCAUGAACGCAUUCAAUCAAAUUUGGAUAGUUGGUGGAAAUUAAAUAGUUCGAAUACUGAACGUGUACGCGUAGUCAUCGAUCAAAACCAAGAACUUGAUCAAAAUAAUAACAAUAGUACACCCUCAUUCGUAAUCCGUAAGGUGUUCUGUAUCCGACCGCAAGACACUGUUCGAGAUCUGAUCAAAAAGUGUAUUGACACCAUCCAUCUUCAAGACUCCUCAGUGGAUAACUAUAUACUUUACGUUCUGAAUGAUGUAAAUCUCACAUCAACAACAAAUCAUAAUCUCAACCAUGCAUUCGGCUAUCACGUGUUUCGAAAAACGAAACUCAAUGCGAGUUUUUUUUCGACGUAUUUUGAUACCAAAUACGUUGACAGGAAUCUAUAA